UGAUAAUACAGAAAAUAAUGCAUACAAAGAAGGGAAAAAGCAUCCGAUUUGGAAGACAUUGUUUUUAAAUGUAUUUCAAUAAAUCGAUAUUAGUUGUAUGUCGCCGAUUAAAUACAAGAGUCUGAUUUUCGACAAUAUUUAGACCACUUGCAAAUUUAUCACAGAAUUACGUAAAACUUUCACGCGAAAUGAAGUAGUACGCCACGUCAUAAAACCACCAGUUUGCUUUCGUACAAUCAGGAGCUUCUCUUACGAGCAUGUUACAGUGAUCGAUGCAUGUCAUUCUUGACAGAUUGUCGUUCGAUCAGAAAUUCCGGGAAAGUAACUGUAAAUUUAUUGUGCUAUGAAACGUAUCGAAAAAUUGUUGGCUUGAAUUCGUCAUGUCAAGAAACGGGGAAACCGAAGAAGAGAAAGUGAUUUUGGACUCCAGUGGCCAAGAAACAGUUAUGGAAGUGCCAGUAUCUAUUGAAAAGCAUAACCUGAAAGUCAGACGAAGAAAUGUAAUCGAAACAAUGAACUUCGCACAGACAGAAGAUAAAAAUUCGGAUUCCGAAGACAGGGUGCCUCUUGUAAGAAUGCCUGAUUCAACAAGGGCAUGGCAUGACAAUGUUAUACCACAUAUACCUGACAUCGCGGACUUUAGUUUGCCAGGUAAACAAAACGGAGUGUUAAAUUGCAAAGACGAUAGCAGUUUAUUAGAAGACGAUUUUGGUGAUACAGACACACUGUCGCAUAGGGAACGAAUGAAAGUAAGCGUUAUUCGAGGAAGCGUUGUUAAUCCAAAUUUAACAUUAGGAGAACUCAGGCUACUGGGUUGCAGUAGCGAAGGCCUUGUUAAUGAUGAUAUAAGAAGGAUAUUGUGGCCAAAGCUUCUAAGAUUAUCGGAAGAAAGUAGUUUACCUGAAAGUGAAUUAAAAAUGAUGCAGGAUUGUGUACCAAAUGAAGUCUAUCAGCAAAUACUAAAGGACGUAGCUCGUAGUGGCAAUCACAUUCCCCAAAGUGCUACACAACAUGAAAUAGAUUGCUUUCAUGAACAGCUGACCCAAUUGAUGUGUUGGGUUCUGCACAAACAUUCUACAUUAAAUUACUACCAGGGAUAUAAUGACAUAGCUGCAACUGUUUUAAUCGUCAUGGGCUUAGAAAAAGCAUUAAACAUACUCGAAAGUAUCUCAAUAGAAUUUCUGGAAAGAUUUAUGGAGAAAACUAUGGAAAAAGUAAAUCAAGAAUUAUAUUACAUAUUUGCACUGUUGGAAAGAGUACAUCCCUCUUUAUUGGAACACCUGGAGAACGUAGAAUUAUUUCCACACUUUGCAUUGGCUGAGUAUACAACAUGGUAUGCACAUAAAUAUGCGGAGAAUAGGAAAUUGUUGCACAGAUUAUUUGAUUACUUUCUUGGUAGUCCUCCUCUGAUGCCUCUCUAUUUGAGUACUGUGAUCGUAGCGCAUAGAGCAACAGAAAUUUUUAAUACUACUCCCGACAUGGGUCAUACACAUCAAGUACUGUGUACUUUGCCAGAUGAUUUACCUUUCGAAACACUUUUAAUUGAAGCAAAAGUUUUAUAUCGUCAGUAUCCUCCUGAGUCUAUAAGUAAUGAUGUUAGAGAAUAUGAUCAGAAACGAAAAUGCAAAGAACAAGAAUGGAAGGCAAAAGCAGAAGCGCUUCGUCAAGAAAGAGAAAAACAACGUCAAGUUAAAAUAGUGAAAUCUAUGUCACGUUUACCGUAUCGUAUUAGAAAUUAUAAAACUAUCACAGUGGUAACAAUUUUGGCUAUAGGAUUGUACGCUUAUUUUAAAUCUUCUACUGGCCUCAACUGACAUUAAAUGAAUCUACUGUAUUUAAAAAAUAUUGUGUGCGCAUUUUUUAAACAGUAUUUGAUUGUAUUGUAUACUGUUAACUUAAAAAAUGGUAGCAUAAAUUGACCAGCACACAGAUAUUAAAGAAACGUGUUCUACCAUGAACUAAGUGUGAUCAAGAAUCAUUCAACAGAUCAUUUCACGAUAAUAACUUGUUUCUUAACGUGAAAUAAGAAUGUCGAGCAUUCCUGCGCUGUCUUUACGCUGUUUUACAAAACUCAAAGUUUUUGUGCACAUAUUUACUAUGUUAAAAACGGAAAUAAAAAUUUGUACAGACACAGAGAAUGCAUAUACUUAUGGGAAAAAAAUAUUUCUGAAAUAAGUAUAUUUUGAGAUAUAAAAGGGACUUAGAAUACAAUGAGUAUAUUUAUGAUUUAGAUUAUAAUUAUGUCUUUACAGAUAUUAUUAAUAAAAUUACAUAAUUUUUCAAUUCAAGUUAUUCUUGUAUAAACCUGCACUCAUAUUUUUUUACUGAUAUAACUUUAACUAGAAUUUUGUUGUUACAAAUACAUUUUUUGGAAUCAAUUUCCCUUAAAUUACCCAAAUAAAAUUUGCAAACAGCAUAGAAAUAUUAAAUACUAUUGUAAAUAUUUUGUAUAAUUACAUUACAUUAAAUAAGUUACAUAGUACCUACAGGGUUUCUCGAGGGGGUUCAAGUGGACGUCUCCUCUUGCCCCCCACCCGGAUAGCCGACAAAGUGGUUACCAGGUGAGAAGAGGCGAACUAUACCUGAAAUACUAUGAGUAAAGCAUAAAACAAUUUGAACAAAGUAUAGAAAUAGUUGUAAAAAAAAAAUCAUUCCUUUUUUCUUUAUUUUCAAUUACUUGUGCGAAUUCAUAUUAGCACUAUUAAACAUAAUACACAUAUAUACAAAAGUAUGAUAAAUUGGAAUAAUUACACAAAAAUAUUAUUUAAAUCUGCUAUUUAUAAUUGCAUAUUUAUAAUAUGGCAAGAAUAGGAAAUGGACCAAUGUUAUAAGGUAUUUACAAUAGAUUCUACUUAAUAUACAUUUAUAUUAUACAUUAGACUAAGUAAUAUGUAAGGGUAAAUUUAUCUGGGUAAUACUCUCACACUUUCAAAACAGUUUUAAUGUAACUUAAAACAUUAGGGUUUCUGAGAAUGUCCAUAUGAUUUACACCAGGAAAAACUUGAGAAUAAAUCUUUUGCUUCUGUUUGCCCUGCCACUGUUUGCAGGCUUCCAAACUUCUUAAAUUUACAGUACCGUCACCAUCACCAGGAAGCAAUUGAGGAGUACCUUCUAUCGAUACACCAGGCUUAUAAUAUAAUCUAAAACAAAUUUAUGUGCAAAUACUAGAACAGAAAAGAUUAUUACUUAAUAUUAUUAAACUGUAAUGCAAUUAUAUACCUUUGUACUGUAUCUAUACCGUUCCCAUAUAAACAAUGAAUUUCAACUCCUGGGGCAGCAAAAUUCAAUUGGUACUUUUCAUUAUCUUUUCUAAAUUCCCAUGCAUU